AUGUAUUCAGAGGAAAUACGAUCACGCAUCGUACCGAUUGUGAAUUGCGAAACAGCCAUCCCCAGUCCCGGGGGCUACCACUUCUUCUGCAGAAAAAUUGUUCAGACUAUUUACCAUUCGCACCGUCAGUCCGAUAUCCGAGUGACCCGCGGCUGCGGCUGGAUUCGCCACGAGUAUCCCUGCUACCGCGAUGACAACGGUGACCAUUUGGGAACCGUUUGCCAGUGCUUCGAGGACUAUUGCAACACUUCUGACCGGUUGGAACCCGCCUCAAUGACAGGCUUGUUCUUGUUGCUUGCUGCCGUUUUGUAUUUUUUACGUUGA